CCGUGGUAGAGGAGCAGUAGCUUCGGUCGCGGUACGGCAGGCCCAGUGUUGUGUGAAAAGUGCCCCUUUGGAUACGUCUCCGGCAUUUGCUCGGCCGAGCGCUUGCACAAGGGAGGAUUGUUCUUCGGUCAAGAAUCCUCUGGCUUUCGGCCGGCGGUGGUCGCUCCGUUGUUCCACGACGUUGGACGAAGCUUCGUCGCUCAUCACUGGAGGCACCGUCAGCAGCAGCACCGCAAGCGCUGAGAGCAGAAGCGACGGAGGCAGCGGCGGCCAUGUUGCGGUCUUCGUGGUUCCGCGUGUGAACGCGCGCUGGCGCUGCUGCUGGUGCUAAGCCUGCUGCGCCAAGGAGAGCAGGAGUGGAGCCGGUGCGCAUGCGCGGGCGGCCGAGCCGCACUGCAGGCUGGCCGACAGCGGCGUGAGGAAGCACUCUAGCGACGCGGCGCUGGACGCCCCGCCUUCGGGCGCCCGCCCCAAGAUGGGCAGAGGCAGCAAGAAGUCCUCUUCCUCGGCGCCCGCCGCUACCAACGCGACGACGCAGGCGUCGACGCCCAAGCUCAAGAGCAAGUCCAAGAGCAAGUCCAAGUCUUCGCACGGGUCGGCGCCGCCUCCGCCGCGGUCCAAAUCCCGGGCGCAGCGGCUCCGCAGCGCCAACUCGGGCGUGAUGAGCUCGCUGAACAUGCUGCAGCUGUCCCUGCUCAACAGCGGCCUGCUCCCUCUGCCGGACGAGGCGUCCGCCUUCAUACCCACGCGGCCCAUCGAGCUCGCCCGGUUCCCCAAGCACAUCGCGCUCUUCAAGAAGUACGACGUGCUCCUCAAGACCGAGUUCCUGCUUGCGACCAAGGGUGAAUCGCAUUGCAUGAGACAUGCCAGCAAGCCCGACAACGACAACAAGAACACCUACAAGAAGCUGCUGCCCUAUGACUACAACCGCGUCGUCUUAGAAACGCUACCCGACAUUCCCGACUCCGACUACAUCAACGCCACCCACAUAGACAGUAUUCUGAAGCCGAACGCCUACAUAGCGGCUCAAGGUCCAAAUGAGGACACCAUUAGCGACUUCUGGCGGAUGGUUUGGGAGAAAAAGUGCUACGUCGUCGUCAUGCUCACCAAAGUGUUCGAUUUCAUACGGGUGAUGUGCUGCCAGUACUGGCCCAUGGAGCUGGACAAGCCCGAAAAGUAUGGCGUCAUCGAAGUGACGCUGCUCUCCGAGGACACCAUGGCCAACUUCGUCAUUCGAACGCUGAGGCUACGAAAGGGCGAGGAGGAGCGCGACGUGUUCCAGCUUCACUUCACGAGCUGGGCGUCCCACACGCAGCCGUUCACCAACGCCCUGCUGGACUUCCGGCGAAGGGUGCGGACGUUCACCGACCGCUGGUCAGCGAUCGGACCGACCAUCGUCCACUGCAGUGACGGAUGCGGCCGCACGGGCACCUACAUGUGCAUCGACGCCAACCUGGAGCUGGCGGACGAAGACGGCGAGUACGACGUGUUCGGCUACACCAAGAAGCUGCGCGCCGCGAGGAAAGGAAUGGUCGACACCGUGGAGGCGUACAAGUUCGUGUACGAGACGCUCGAAGAGGCCUACGUCUGCGGCAAGACGUGGUUUCCGGUGUCCGAGCUGUCCGAGCAGCUCAAGUUCAAGUCGGCCAAGAACCCCAUCACCAAGGUCAACGAGUACCAGAAGGAGUACGAGAAAAUUUGCAAGAUGUCGUCCAAGCUGUCCAUCGGGGACUGUGCGGGCGGUCAUCGGCCCGAAAACAGAGACAAGAAUCGAGACGUGGCUACCGUGCCCCCUGAUAACUUUCGGCCGUACCUGACGUCAUUCCAGAGCAACGACAACACUGACUACAUCAAUGCUGUCUUCGUUGACGGUUACAGCCGCUCCAAGGAGUACAUCGUGACAGAGUGGCCCAUGGUCCGGACGGCGCAGGACCUGUGGUCGCUCGUCUACGACCACGACUGCAACUCCGUGAUCGUCCUCUGCAAUCCUCCGCCUUCGAACGCGUACCCUUCCUUCUGGCCGACGGAGAAGGAGAAGCGCAAAAAGUACGGCCCCGUCUUCACGGUGGACGUGGUCUCGUACAACCACUACCCGAAAAUCAAGACGUGGAUUUUCAGGAUAAACAAGAAGGUGGUCUCCCUGACGGAGCUGAUGGCGGGCGUCAAGGCCGAGCCGAAGACGACGCAGAUCUUUCAGAUCACCUGCUGGCCCGAACGCCACAAGGUGCCCACCUCCACGAACACCCUGGUCGAGCUCAUGAACAUGGUCGAGAGAUGGCGCCAGAGGACCACCUACGGCCCCGUUCUCGUCAUAUCCACGAACGGCAAGAGUCGCGCCGGCGUCUACUGCGCGGCCAACGUUGCCAUCGAGCAGGUCGUGGAGCACGGGGAGGUCGACGUCUUCCAGGCAGUCAGGACGGUGCGAAGGCACCGGCCGCAGCUCGUCGAGAACAUGACCGAGUACAAGUACUGCUACGACCUUAUUCAGCACUAUGUGCUGCACUACCUGAACAAGGAGUGACUAUAAAGCGGCUCGCAGUGUAGGUUCCUUCACUCAACGUGCGUACGUCCUGUUCCACAAGCCGAAGAACGGGAACGGAUCGCGGCGCGCACCAGGAAGCCGCGAUUCCCGUACAAUCAACGGCACAACAUUCCAGCGGCGUCGUAGGAGACACGUGGUCACGGGGUGCAAUUCUUCCCCUGCGAAGAUGGCGCCGGCGAACCACUAACGUCCGGUCGCGUCGCCCCGCCGUAGCGGAAAUCUUUUCUUGUUUUAGCGUUGUUCCCCCCGUUGUUCUAGUCGUCGGAGGUCUCUUCCUUGGUUAGAGAGUUGUUUUCGUACUUCAGAUGCGUUUUAAAUCUGCCCCGGGCUGCUAUUCUGGACACCUUCGGCUAGAGAGUAACUCUAGCUCCGUCAUGUACUGUCGAGUUCGCCAUCUUGAACGCUCGGAUUGGCUCACAGGGCAGCGGUGGCCUGCCUGAUUGGCUCGAAACGCCAACAUAGCAGAUUUUCGCCGUGUCCAGAAUGACACCCUGGCUUUGAAGCCAGCCUACUUUGAUGUUCUAACAGCUAAAAAAAAAAAAAAAAGUGAGGGAGUUUCGAGCUUUCAAUAUUCACAGCUGUUUGCAUGCGUGGUGACGUCACACGUUGGGUCGUCAAGAAAGUAACUAAGAAAACAAAACAGUUGUUAUCGCUGUAUUUUGAAACUUGGCGUUCUCAAACUGAAAGAAAAGCGCAACGCGGCUCACGCAAGCUUUCGCACAUUACUUUAUUUGAUCUUUAAUCCAAGGAAAGCGUGACUACGUUUUUCUUCUGUGCCCCUGCGAACGUCCCACCGAGCACCGUCUCUUAGGCUACUCAGCCGCCAUCUUUGUACACUAAAGUAGCCUGCCCCAUUUUUUUACUUAAAUGCACGAGCUACUCUCUGAGGCUACUCAACCGCCAUCUUUGUACACUAAAGUAGCCUGCCCCAUUUUUCUGCUUAAAUGCUGUCUUUUUGCUAAGUUGUCUUCCUUGCCGAAAGAGACCUUGAAAGAUAUUUAGAAUAACAGCCGUCAACUUUGCUGUAUAUUUAGCCGUAUCUGCGACUACAUUUCGGCACGCUCUCAGCGGGAAACACUACGGAGGGCUACUCAAGUAGUGCGGUCAGUAAUCACUCCGCGCAUUUCGUGGCGACCUGGCUCGAUUAGCGGCGCGUUCCACCGAAUAACGUCCCUCAGGGGUCAUAAAAUACAACGCAUGCAGUUGCCGCCCUAAAUCAAGCAACGUUCGUAUCCUCCUGCUUGCAGUACGCUGCGCACUACGUUUUGGAAGCGAGUACGCGCAGUGAGUGCGCUUGCGGAAGCGGCGCAAUGAGUGCGGCCACACGAACGUAUCACUCCGCGCUGUCUGAGCAAUCGGUGAACAGGUUUAACGUGAUGGCGUCCACUACAUUACACUAACCUUCAUCCAACAGCGACCUAAUAUGUUGAUAUAAUAUCGAGGCACCUGUCAUUUUUCGCGUGUUCUGCAUAUUUUUAUGGCGAUGCGCGAGGGUUUUUUCUUUUUCAUUUUUGUCGCUGGUGCAGGCUGUGUGGAACGUAGCGGCUGCAUGCACAGUUUUUGUGCUUUGCUCGACAGCAAAGCGUUGUUGUGCAUUGUUACUAUGACCGCCGGCUACACUGUAUCAGUCCUCGCACAUCCUCAGAGAUCCCAGCCGAGGACAUCUCCGAUUAGGGAGAAUUAGUGGCCGGUUCGGCAACGGUACGUGGUGUCGCUUUAUCAAUCCGCUUUGUUUGUUCCCUAUGCACACCGCUUCCAGGGUCGUUAAUAAUCCACACUCCGUUCAUUCGAUAAAUUUUUCGAGUCGUUUUCUUCCUCGCAAAGAAUUAUCCUUUUCCAUAGAAGGAAAGUGUUUCUCAUGGCUCCUAUUUUGAAUAAUCCCGUAUACUCAUAAGGAACCACAUAUGUAUGCGAAUUGGAAUGUUCCCAUGUUAUGGCAUGGAAUUAUGGCACCUACAGUGAUUAGGCCUACUUUUUUUUUCUAUACUGUGUGCCAAUACAUCUUUGUUCUGUAUUCAUGCGCGGUCAUCUAGAACUUCAUGUAAGAACUUCAGUCCUUUCUUAUCACUAUUGCGUCGGCAGUGAAAUAGUAAAUACAGCUUUUUUUUUUUUCGUAACGUAUACUACUCUGGUUUGAAAGGCCUUAAAUAUUUUGCUAAGCGAAGCUCAUGGUUCAUAGUGCAGGCUGCACUAUAGUUGUUCUCGCUGUCUUGAAGCUCACUUUCUUUUUCUCCUCGUGGUUCCUCUGACCUUGAGUAUGGGAGAAACGCCGGCAACAGUUGCAUGACAAAGAGUCACCCGUACACAUUGACGAUGGUGACGGGCACGUGAAAUGUGUCUUCUCUCGACAUGCUACGCAGUGCUUUAAACAAACAUUUUUUUUGCCCGUGUUGCCGCUUUGAAGCUCUACACAAUAAUUUAAUACAUCUGGGUGGGGAACAGCCCCGGAAUCACAAUUCACUCGCGUUCAUUCCCAUCAGCUUUUGAGGUCGGUGCGCUAUUAUUCCUUCGCACUACUUAUAUUUUGAACGUUCAGAUUGAGCCAAUUAGUCGCAAAGAACAAAUCGCGUCAUGCUCGGCCAUAUACCACUCCGGCGAUUGCCGCGAUGUCUUGUGCUCUUGAUUCGGAAGCUAUUCGCAAUGCAAGGCCACCGAAUGUGAAGCAAAAAAUCUGUGUAGCCGUCAAGCAAUGUUAGCAUAACCGUCGCCAUGAUACAAACUUGUGCGAUUGCUACGCUUUAGCUGCGCGGUAAGAUUGCGCUAUCGAGUUUGACGUCCUUUCGCGUAUUAAGUGCCGAGAGACGACAUUUAUUUCACUGCGAUUGUACGCUUUAGCUAUACUGUGCCUGCGGUAUUUCAGUUCACUACUCUAUAAAGCUUUCUGCGCGCAGAAAUGGAAAUAAGCACUAGCACGGGGCCACCGCAACCCACACUGUAUUUAUGCCAAGUCUAGAUGACCUACUCUAGCAUAGUGUAUAAAGACUACGCUGGUCCAUCUAGAAGGCCUAUGCAACGAUUCCGUUCGUUUAUGUGUGAGGUCUCGUUUGAGUUUCUUUCUUUUUUCCUUCUUUUUUUUUUUUCGCUUGAAUCGUGCUUUCUAGAUAGGUUAGCAGGUUUGAAUAGUUGGCUCACACUAAGAAGAGAAGAGGUGUUGAAAUAAUAGCGUCGUCACACUUCAUUUACUGAGAAGCCCGUUUUGAACACGGCGAGCCCGUUCUUAAUUCCGCAGCUACGGCGAAUCCCGACGUUCGAAGAAAGUAGCCCUUCGUUCUUAAUUACAGCACCGAUCGGAGCUUCUUCUCGCGCUUAGCUGGCAUGCUGUGAACCAGUCUAAGCUAUUGAAGAAAGUCAUUAAACUUGUUUUAUGCUGCGUGUCGAGGGAAGAGUCUACGGCAAGGAAUUUGUUUAGCUGCUACUUUUCUUUGAUUUUAAGCUUGAUAUUUUUAGCGGUAUCAUGCCCAUGUUUUUUUUUUUUUUACAAUACUUUGUUGCCAUAUUUUGUGUUUCGUCCAAUUGUUUCAUUUGCACCCCCCUUUGUAUUUUUCGUCUGAUGCAAUAAAGAGAAAAAGCUUUCUUCCCGCA